AUGUCUCGUCGAGGGGGUGGUAGGCCGAUGCCUCGCGGGGUGGUCCUCUCCAAAGCGCUUUCGCAUUUACUCCGACACUCGGCAGAAAGGGAGAACCUGAAGAUCAGCAAAGAAGGUUAUGUGAACGUGGCAGAUCUACUCGAAUCGAGAAAAGUGAAAUCUCUAGGAGCGACAUUACCAGAAAUUAUGCAAGCAGUGUCGAGCUCGGAUAAACAGAGAUUCUCAUUGUUCUACAUCGCUCCAGAAACCAUAGAAGCCGGCAAACAGGAAAGCCAAGAGCAGCAAGAAGCGGUGAUUGCCACCGCCGCCUCAGAAGAAAAACAGAAAAAUGCGACAGCGCACGCAUUGUCUGUUAACGAUAAUGAUCCGUCGCAUUUUCUCAUCCGAGCAACACAAGGUCAUAGCAUGCAAAGUGUUGACACAACACUUUUCUUGGAAAAAUUGAGUCUGGAAGACAAUGCCACAUCGAAGCUUCCGGAUACAGUUGUGCAUGGUACAUACCAUGGCGCAUGGCCUUUGAUUUUCGCUUCCGGGGGUCUACAGUCUAUGGGCAGAUUACAAGUGCAUUUCGCAACUGGUCCGACAAUUGACGAAGUGUUUCCCAAUGGACGAGAUGCACCACUAGCAGUACUAGAUCCUAGAUCAAAAGGAACCGUUAUCUCAGGCAUGCGGUCCGACGCCCAGAUUUUGAUCUACAUAAACUUGCGCAAAGCAUUGGAAGCUGGUUGUCCGUUCUACCGAAGUGAGAAUGGUGUCAUUCUCAGCGAAGGCAUGGACGCUGACGAUAAUGGCAAAACGAAGAUUGUUCCAAUUGAAUUCUUUGACCUUGUUGUUGAAAGGCAAGCUGGCCUGGGCGUUUUGUGGGAAGAAGGGCGUGUUGUCCAGGAGCUACCGUCCCGUUUGGCAGAAAAGAAGAAUCCGAAAGCACUCAGGGGAGGUAGGGGAGGAGGAAGAGGCAGGGGACAGUGA